AUGCCUUCCAAGGGCUUCCCAGGUGCCACUAGUGGUAAAGAACCCCCACCUGCCAAUGCAGGAGACGUAAGAGACAUAGGUUUGAUCCCUGGGUCAGGAAGAUCCCUUGGAGGAGGGCAUGGUAACCCAUUCCAGUAUUCCUGCCUAGAGAAUCCCAUGGACAGAGGAACCUGGUGGGCUACAGUCCACUGGGUCACAAAGAUUUGGAACACGACUGAAGCAACUGUGCAAGCACAACGCCUUCCAUCCAUGUUGCUGCAAAUGUCAAAUUUUCAUUCUUUUUUCUGGCUGAGUAGUUUUCCAUUGCAUACCACACCUUCUUCAUCCAUUGAUAGACACUUAGGUUACUUCCAUAUCUUGGCUAUUGUAAAUAAUGCAAUUUUAAAAUAA